CUUCAUUCAGAUUCAGAAUAUUUCAAAAAUGAAGUCCAGAUUUACAACUAUUGACCUUCGGGCAAUACUUUACGAACUUGGAUCAAAAUUGCUUGGACUUCGUGUUCUUAAUGUCUAUGAUGUAAAUAACAAGACAUACCUGAUUCGACUUGGAGGGACCGACCAGAAAGUGGUCCUGCUAUUUGAGUCUGGCACUCGGAUGCACACCACUUCGUUUGAUUGGCCCAAGAGUCAGAUGCCAUCAAACUUUUCCAUGAAGUUGAGAAAGCACUUGAAAUCUAGACGUUUAGUAGAGAUCAAGCAGCUAGGUGUUGACAGGGUUGUUGACUUGCAGUUUGGAUCUGAUGAAGCUGCUUAUCAUGUUAUUGUUGAACUUUAUGACAGGGGGAAUGUUGCAUUGACAGAUCAUGAGUAUACAAUCUUGACCCUUCUGAGGACCCGAAAGGAUAGUGAUGAUGUUAGGUUUGCAGUCAGAGAAAGAUAUCCUGUAGACACAGCUAGACAGCCAGAUCCUAUUCCUCCAUUAGAGAGGAUUCAAGAGAUCUUAGCUGCAGGAAAACCAGGAGAUAACAUCAGGAAACUACUCAAUCCUCAUUUUAUCUUUGGACCUGCCUUGAUUGAACACUGUCUUCAGAAUCAAGGAUUCCCUUCAAACGCUAGAGGAAAUAAUGGAUUUGACAUCCAGCAAGACAUGUCUCGGGUUAUGGCCUCCUUGUCAGAAGGAGAGCAGUAUGUGGAGAAGUCAGGUUUGGAAUGCAAGGGCUACAUCAUUCAGAAGAGAGAAAAGAAACCCACAGCAUCACAAGAUGGUGAAGAUUCAGAACUAUUGACGUACACCGAGUUUCAUCCAUUCCUGUUUAAACAACAUGAAUCACAACCAUACCUAGAAUUUGAUACAUUUGAUCAGGCUGUAGAUAUGUUCUUUCCAAUGAUGGAAAGUCAGAAGUUAGAUAUGAAGGUUCUCCAGCAGGAAAGAGAAGCAUUAAAAAAGCUGGAUAAUGUGAAGAAGGAUCAUGAAAAGAGAAUCAAUUCACUUCAAAAGAAUCAGGAACUGAAUGAAAAGAAAGGAGCACUGAUUGAAAUAAAUCUUCCUCUGGUUGAGCAGGCCCUUCGAGUGGUCCGUAGUGCAGUAGCUAAUCAGAUAGAUUGGAAGGAGAUUGACAGUAUCAUCAAGGAAGCUCAAACACAAGGUGAUCCUGUAGCAUCAGCUAUCAAAGGCUUAAAACUUGACACCAAUCAUUUCCAAAUGCUUCUCAGGGAUCCCUACAUGCAGUAUGAUGAUGAAGGAGAGGAGGAAGAAGAUGAUAGACCUCAACCUUUACUAGUAGACAUUGAUAUUGCUCUCUCAGCUUAUGCUAAUGCUAGAAAGUACUUUGUUCAAAAGAAGACAUCUCAAAAGAAAGAACAGAGAACAAUGGAAUCAUCAACAAAGGCUAUUAAGUCUGCAGAGAAAAAGACCAAGCAAGCUUUGAAAGAUGUAGCUACAGUAGCAAGUAUCAACAAAUCUCGGAAGACAUAUUGGUUUGAGAAAUACUUCUGGUGCAUCAGCUCAGAGAAUUAUAUCAUAAUUGCUGGACGAGAUCAACAACAAAAUGAGAUAAUUGUCAAGAAAUAUCUCUCUCCAGGUGACAUCUAUGUUCAUGCUGACAUACAUGGAGCUAGUAGUGUGAUCAUCAAAAAUCCUAAAGGAGGUCCUGUUCCCCCUAAGACUCUUCAAGAAGCAGGUACAAUGGCCGUGUGUUAUAGCGUUGCUUGGGAUGCUAAGGUCAUUACUAGUGCUUGGUGGGUACGUCAUGAUCAGGUUUCAAAGACUGCACCCACUGGAGAGUAUCUUACUACUGGAAGCUUCAUGAUUAGAGGUAAAAAGAAUUUCCUUCCACCAACUCAACUUGUGAUGGGUUUUGGCUUCUUAAUGAAGAUUGAUGAGAGUUGUGCAUGGAGACAUAAAGAUGAGAGAAGAGUACGAGGGACAGAUGAAGAAGAUCUGUCUUCAGUUGCUGACACAGUAGAGACUGAUAUUAUUGUUGAAGAUAUUGAGGAAGAAGAUGAUGAGGAUGAAAGUAAAGAGGAGACAGAGCAUGAUCUCCAUGAAACAGACGGCAGACAGGAAGAUACUGAAACAGACUUAACUGAAAUCAAAGUGGAACCAGAAGAAGAAGACAAUAUUGAUGGUGAAGUUCCCAAUGUGGAUGAGGAGAAUGAGGAGGAGGAUGAUGAGGAACAUUCAUCAGAGGUGAAACAGGAAGUGGAUGAUGACAAGGAGAACUUCUACCCUGAUACUACCAUACAGCUCCAUCAUGUACAGGGUGAAAGGUAUGAGAGCCAUCGUACCCGUGGAUCUAGUAUGAUGAGUACUGGUUGUUACCAGUCUGGUGAUGGUGAUAUUGAUGAAGAAGGCAAGGCUAUCAUCUAUCUAGGAGAUGAUAAACCCAUUGUUCUUGGAGGACCCAAGGCUCAACCUCAGCAUAAACCAAAUCCAAAAUUGUCUGCUAAGCAAAAGAGAGAUCUUAAAAAACAGAAGAAAAGACAGGAUGGGUGUGCCCCCAUCAGAUCAGAUGAAACCCAACCAGACACUGGUGCUAUAGCUGAGGAUGUGGAUAGCCAAGAGGAAGAAGAGGAGAAGAAUGAGAGGAUAGGAGCAGUGGAAGAUAAUGAAGUAGAAGAGGGAAGGACAGAAAGACAGAAUUCACACGCACCAUCUGUGUCAAGAAGUGUCUCACAAAACAGUACUAAUGCAAACCAACCACCAGCCAAAAGAGGCCAAAAGCACAAACAGAAGAAGAUCAAACAGAAGUAUAAAGAUCAAGAUGAGGAGGAGAGAAGACUUAAGAUGGAAAUCUUGGCAUCUGCAGGUAAUUCUAAGGAGGUCAAGGGCAAGAAAGGAAGGAAAGCCAAGCGACAAGAGGAGCAACUCAAACAAGCAUAUCAACACCAUCAACAAAGACAAAACAAGAACUCUAAACAACAUCAAGAACAGAAGCAACAUAUUAGUAAAGACAGUCAACAGAAUUCACAAAGAAAUCAUAGUAAGAGACAAGGCAUGUCAGUAUCAUCCCAAGGAGGUCAGGAGCAGGGUCAAGGGUCAGAGGUCGUAGAAGAGAUUCAAGGAGCUGACACUGAAGUGGCAUCAGAGGAGAUAGUGGAAGGAGAUGGAAUAGAGAAUGCUGGACAGUCAGAAGAAUCGUCUAUUAAGCCUGUAGUAAAGACACAUGUCUGGGAAUCUAAGAAAAGGAAAGGAACCACUGAUGAACAAAAUAAGGAGGAGUCUGAUGAUGAGAUAGAUGCAACUGAGGCCAAUUCAAGAUUGAUGGAGGAGAGUGUAUCUGUUUUAGAUACCUUGACUGGUUGUCCUGAUCCUGAGGAUCUUCUCCUGUUUGCCAUACCAGUAUGUGCUCCUUAUAAUGUUAUGAACAACUACAAAUUUAAAGUCAAGCUUACUCCUGGAACAAGCAAAAAGGGAAAAGCUGCUAAGACCUCUCUCAAUAUGUUUCAACACUCCAAGGAAACAACACAGAGAGAAAAAGAUCUUUUUAAAGGAGUCAAGGAUGCAGAUCUUUCAAGGAAUAUACCAGGGAAGGUGAAGCUGUCUGCUCCAAAUCUCAAUCAGAAGAGAAAGAAAUGAUAGGAAUUAAGGUUUAGGUAUCCACAACAUAGUCUUCCUUGUAUGUGAUAAUGUAAGAUGUAUUUCAAGAACUUAUUACCAUCUUUGCAUUAUAUUGUAAUGCAUUAAAAAGUUUGAAAUACAAGCUUGUUAAUGCAAUCACUACUCUGACAACAAAACCUUGUUUCUCAAAGAGGGAAAAACGUUUUGGAGAGAGGGAAACAUGGCAGCCAAACACUGUUUUCAAUAUGAUACUGUUCCCUUUGAAAAUGUGUAGCUGCUUCAUGUUCUAGAUAGAGAUCUUUGAUUUGGAUUCAAAUGGACAUCCUUUGGUAGAUCUAGUCAUUCAAACUUAAAAAUGAUUUUCCUAAAUAUUUGGAGUACAAGGUCUGGUAUCCCUAGUAGUGCAUGUAAUUGUUAUUUGAGUUGUAAAUC